ACACGUGCAGUAGUACGCGCGCUGUGGACCUGUUGUUUUCUUCAAUCAAAUUUAAUGAUAAAAUGGGUCUAACUAAACAAUAUUUGGCAUAUCGCGCCAUAGACAGUUUUAAUAUCAUCGUUUCUGGUCGCGCCAAUGUAAAUUUCGCCGUACUUGAGAAGAGCGAGGGCCGCUUUGCUGCAGCUCCGGCGGCUGAGAAUGUUAUCAUUUGGGAUUUACGGAUGGGCGAUCGUAAGCUCACGCUACGGCGUGAAAAGCAAGAAGUCACCGCCUUGCGCGUCUCACCUGAUCAUCUACACAUUGCCGUGGGCUAUGCGGACGGCGUAGUUCAGAUCUUUGAUCUAAGCUCACGCACUUAUUACGAUGCGAUUUGCUCCCUGGCAUUACACAAAAAUGCCGUCAGUGUGUUGCGCUACGAUGCGCAUGGCAUGCGGUUAGUGAGCGGCGGAUUGGACACAGAGCUCGUCGUUGUAGAUGUGGUGGAGCAGGCGGGACGUCAACGUCUGAGCGGCCACAAUGCAGCUGUUACGGAUGCGCACUUUUUGCAACGAUUAGUCGAGCAGGACAUUGUGGUUAGCUGUUCAAAGGAUACACAAAUCAAGUUUUGGAACUUGGAGACACAGUUCUGCUUCAAAACUAUUGUUGACAAUCGCACCGAAAUAUGGGGUUUGGCCUUGAUAAACGACCUAAUGGUUGCUGGCGCUGGUGAGAGCGGUAUGAAUGUCUAUCGACUUCGCAAGCGGGAAGACAAUGCAGCGCAAUCACUGGAGAAAGCUGUCGAGGGCCUAGCCAUAGAUGACGAGGACACAAUAAGCCCGCUGUCCGUCAGUAACUGCGGCACAAUACAGCGUGCGGGCAAAGGACGCACCGUAAAUUUAGUGGUCGAUCCCAACGAGCGUGUGCUAAGCUGUCACGGCACGAAUGAUCUUAUUGAAAACUUUUACAUUUGCAAUGCAGAGGAAGCCAAGCAACGACUGGCAAAGCGACUAAAAAAGGCGCGCAAAAAGAUGCAGGAGGGCGGAGAGCAAGAGGAUGAGGAGCAUAUUUCCAAAGAGCUUUCACUCAGCGAUGAAAUUAAACGCCUGGAAAGCAUCAAAACGAAACAGAAAAUCAAAUCUAUUGAUGUGCUACUUGGCCAGAACCAAGAGGUACGCGUGUUGGUCAGCCUGUCCAAUAACAGUAUGAGUCUGUACUCCCUGGAGGCUUCGCUCAAGUCCCGGAAGCCAAAGGCUAAGUCAAGUGAGCCCACGGACACCAGCGUCAAGCUGUUGCGGUCGCUAACACGGCUCGGUCAUCAGUCGGAGGUACGUUCCGUGUGCUUUAGCAACGAUUCGCUUGCGAUUGGCUCUGGCGCCGGGGAUUCUUUUAAAUUUUGGGAUCGCGACGCUAUGCAAUGCCUACGAACUAUGCCCACAGAUUACAUACUCUGCUCUCGCUUUGUGCCCGGCGAUCGGUAUGUGCUGCUGGGCAUGAAGAGCGGAAAACUGCUGAUUGCAGACGUGGGUGCAGCGGACAUUGUCGAAGAGAUACCCGCCCAUGACAGCGAACUCUGGAGCAUAGCUUUGCUGCCGGAUCAGAAGGGCUGUGUCACGGGCAGCAGUGAUACGACACUGAAGAUCUGGACAUUUGAGCUGAUCGAUUCCGAGGGCGAGAGCCACACUCAAACCAAGGUGCUUUCGCUGCUGCACAAAAAUACGCUCAAGCUGGAGGAAACGGUGCUCUGCGUGGUCGUUAGCCCGGACAUGAAGUACCUUGCCGUUGGCCUGCUAGACGCCACAGUAAAGAUCUUCUUUCUGGACACGUUUAAGUUCUACUUGUCGCUAUACGGACACAAAUUGCCAGUGCUCUGCAUGGACAUCUCGUAUGACUCCCAGAUUAUAGCCACUGGUUCCGCCGACCGUAACAUAAAGAUCUGGGGACUCAAUUUCGGCGAUUGCCAUCGCUCGAUCUUUGCACAUGACGAUUCUGUGAUGUCGCUACAAUUUAUACCCAAGACGCACAUGUUCUUCAGCUGCGGCAAGGAUGGCAAAGUCAAGCAGUGGGAUGGCGAUUCCUUUGAGAAGAUACAGACCCUGCCUGGCCACAUUGGCGAGGCGCACUGUUUGUCCGUGUCGCCCAAUGGCCGCUAUUUGGUAACCUGCGGCUCAGAUCGGACUCUGCGAAUGUAUGAGCGCACAGAGGAGACAAUCGUGCUAAAGGAUGUGCAGGAGGAGGAGCGUGAGCAGAUGGAAAACGAGAAACUGGCCACCGGCGAGGAUAAUAGCGUUCCAUUGCUGCCAGGCCUAAAGCUGCCCUCUCGGAAAACAGUUGGCUCCGAGCAGGCUGCCGAGUCCAUCAUGGAGUGCCUGGAAAUAUCAAAACAAUACGAGCUGGAGCACGACGAGAAACCAGAGCUACAUCCCCUGAUGAUCGCAUUGCAAGUGAAAAAUCCAAUAGAUUUCCUUGUCACAACCUUGAUGCGAAUACGUACUUCGGACAUGGAGGAAGCGCUUCUAUUGCUGCCCUUCUCCAUGGUGUGUGAGCUGCUGGAACGCUUGCCUGCCCUAAUUAAACAGAGACCCGAUGAAGUGGAGCUUCUCUGUCGCGUAACCGUAUUCCUCUUCAAGGUUCACAUGAAACCCAUUACGGCAGCCAAGUCGAUGAAGCCGCUGCUUCUCAAGCUACUCGAGCUGCUCAAGCGCGAUGUCCAACAACUCCGCGACAUCAUGGGCUACAAUCUACACGCCCUCUCCCUGCUGCAGAGGGAGGUUGAGCAGCGCGAGGAUGUGCAGCUGUUCCGGGACGCGACGCUGGCGCGGCGGAAGCAAGAAAAGAAACGUCGAGCCGCCUCCAAGCGGCGUCUGCAGAUUCAAAUGGUGUGAACACAUUUUAAUAUAGGACUUAGAAAUUUUUUUUUAUCAAGACCGAAUCAAUAAAUGUACAGUUUAUUGAA